GGCCGAGGAAGUCUCCUGUUUUGGUGCACCUUAGAGAGGAGGAAAAAGCGGUGCCCUGGCCAGAUUACACUGUGACACCUUGUUUGCUCUCCACCUGGGCCCCACGUCCAACAUCUCCCAUGGGGGCCCAAAGGCCCCUCAUUGUGCCCUGGCUGCUGGAACAGCUGGAUGCCCAGCGAUUUCCAGGGGUGUCAUGGCUGAACCCGGAACGGACCAGGUUCCGAAUACCGUGGAAGCAUGGGUCUCGGCACAGUACCAUCCCAGAAGAUUUCCAGCUUUUUGAGGCUUGGGCCAUUGCCAGCGGCCGCUUCGAUCCAAGGACUGAUCCCCGGACCCCUUCGGACUGGAAAAGAAACUUCCGCUCUGCCCUGAACCGAAAGCCAGAGAUCAAACUGAUAACUGAUAACAGCACAGAUUCGGAAGACCCUCACAAAGUGUUUGAAAUCCAGCAUCCUGUCGGUCCAAAUGACUAUGCGCAGCCAGUGGCUGAUGAAGUGCAUGAAAACCUGGGGGCAUGUGGAGACAGUUCACCUUCUUGCCAGGAUGACUUACUAGAGAAUGUGCUGAAGUCCCUGGACCUCUCCGGUUCUGAACAAGGAGCAGAAAACCCAGCUUACUAUGCCGCCCUGUCCCCAUCUGGUUUGGAUCUGACUCCGCUGACAGUCCCAAUGAUACCGUUGGAACCAGCCUUUUGCGCCAAUAAUUUUGUGCAAGCAGCAGAUAACACAGCUUCCUGUGUAGGCCUGCCUCCAUCUGGUUUGGAUCAGGCCCCACCAGCAACCCCACUGCUCCCAUUGCAGCAGAUCAUGGAAUCCAGUGUGUUAGAAACAGAUUUCGAAGUGCGGGCCUAUUAUCGAGGUCGGCUGGUCUUCAACGACACAUUCAGCAACGUACGGGGCUUGUGCUUCUUGCCUCCCGGAUCCCAGGUCCCUUAUCCGGAUUUGGCCGCUGUGGUGUUGCCUGACGCUGCUAUCUUGAACGACCAGAUGCAAGCGACAUUAACCAGUCGCAUUCUGCACCGCUUGGCCCCCGGGGUGCUGCUUCGCAUCGAGGGUCCGUUGCUCUGCGGCAGCCGGCUGGGCCGUUGCCAUGUCUUCUGGAGCCAGUCUGAGACGCCCACUGCUGGAAUGCGUUGUGGAGGGCUCCCCAAGGAACACCUUGGCCCCAUUUACAGCCUGCAGCAGUUUGUGCAAGAACUGAUUGGAUUCAUGGAGGGACGCCGUGGCUCCCCUGACUAUACCCUGUGGUUUUGCUUCGGGGAGGAUUGGCCUGACCCCGACCCCACACGCCUUUGGAAGAAAAAACUGAUCAUGGUGCAGGUCAUCCCCAAGGUUUUUGAAACACUCCACGAACUGAGCAAGGCGAGCGGGGCGUCGUCGCUAAAUGGAGCCGAACCAGACCUGAGGAUAUCGGACUCGCUGCAGGACCCUUCCUUAUUGGAGCGACUGAGAGACUGGGAGGGGAGGAUGGAUGUGCAGUUCAGCAGCUAACCUCACAAGCCACGGCUGUUUCAGUCACACUGGGCGCUCUUCCUUUGGGCCCUUCGCAUCACCUGUGCCUUCAGGAAGGGCCUGUUCAGCCACCUGAGCUGCAGCCCACCCACCCCUUAAGGUGAUGACCACUGUUCCUUAGUCAUUCUUCCUGUGGGGCAGUUGAUUUUACUCAGAGCAACUCAGUAUAAAUUUGUCUCACCUUCAGAAUUACCACAUUAAUAAUCCUCACUGCACUGUCUGAAGCCAAGCAUAGGCAAAGCCACUUUCUUUAACUGUUCCAAGUUACGCUGUAAUUUUCUUUUUACGACUACUUCUGUUGUUUGCACUCAGGGUGUGUUCAGGGCAAUGGAAAGGUACAGAAAAGUCUGGUCACAAAUCUCAGCUCUUGUUUAUUUCAAGCCCUUGGUACUAUGCCCCCCCCCCAAAAAAAAAAAACCUUUCUUGCUUGCUUUUAAGGUUCUUCGUUUUUCUUGAUUCUGCCUGGCUCUGAUUCCAUUUCCCCUUUUCUUUUUUUUUCUGCUCAGUUUACCGUUUUGGCUCAACUUCCCCUUUCUUCUGCACUGUCGGCUGUUCCAAGUUGUUGCUUCCUUCUGUUGAGGGGCGUUUUAAGAAAACCUACGUGUUCCGUGCUGCAUUUUCUUCAGUAAACUCUUUAAGCUGUUAGAGGUUGGGCUCAGAAUUCGUUUUUUACCGAUUUCCUUUUGGUUCCCCCCCAACCCUCGCCCUUCCCCAUCUGUUCCCUUACUCUUCAAACUCAUGUUGAUCCAUUUUAAACUGUGAGCCUGCAAGCAGCCAGUUCUGAACCUACUGUACACGGGCCCCCGGUAGAGGCGACCGGACGGAUUCGCAGUUUCAACCCACAAUUUGGAGGAAAGAACAAGAAAACAGUUGAAAGGAGUUUGGUUUAGUGUAAUAGCCCCAAAUAGCAAUAGGACAGAAAAACAAGGGCUUAAACAGCUAUUGUUCUCCUCCUGCAUCCUAUUUAAGUUCCUUUUACCAGGAACCACAACAAUAACCCAGCUGCCUUGAAGUCCAGCUUUCUUCUUCCCUAUAGCACACUGGAUGCCUGCAUGCCCAGCUGGUGGAAGCUGCGCCCUGAAGACCCCAUUUCUUCCCCUACCCUGCAUUUUAAAUCAAAAUCCUGCUUCUCACCAUCCCUCUUCUGUCAGCACUCAGUCACACACACACCCCGACUGCUACUGAACACUUAGAACAUCGAACUCCACCUGCGUUGCCAGGCUUACUGUCUUCUAGCCAUAUGCUAACCCACACCUGCCGCCCCCACCUUCCAGACCCAUAUUUACUCCGUCUGGGCUGGUUCAAGGGUUUUUUGUUACCCCAAGCAAGAUGCACCCCCACGCAAGACUAGCUGGGCCCCGCUAGUCCAUUA